CCAAACUCAAUUUCACGCUCUCUAAACGUAGCCAUAUGUGUGAUACUUUUUAUAUAUAGAGACAACAAAAACAGGAUAAAUAAAGUAUGUCUUUUACUCUUUUAACUCAUAGAAGAGGAGAAGAAAUGUCAAGCACAUCGUUAGCUUCUUUGACGGGAAAGGGUCAAACUCGUUUCAACGACUACAAUAGUUUCACAUUCUAUUUCUUGUUCUUCAUUCUUCUUAUAACUUACAUUCAAACAAGUCCAGUAUUUUACUUAUAAUUUGUAUAUUGAAUUAUUAGUUAUCAAGUUAGUAUACACAAAUUAUAACAUUAAACUGUUGCACCAAGUUAGUACCAAUUUGUCCUUUGAUGUAGACUUUAGAUUGUCCUGUACUCUAUAAAAUAUAAAACAUAUAUAUACAUGACGCUUAAUAUUUUGAAAUAUAUACUCUUUCGUAAUUGUUUUUUUAAUCUAGCUAGUAGGCCAUUCUCUAAUAAAAAUUGAAUGUCUCGAUACAAUGGACACAUGAGACAAUGGUCACACACAAAAAUAUGAUUGUGUCUUAUAUUUCUUUGACUGAUUACAAAUUUUAUAAUUGUCAAACAAUCUAAGUAAUAUAUACAUAAUCUAAUAAUUUAAAUGAUUAACUGAAAAUUAUUUUUUACAAAGAAAUAAGAAGCUUUUUGUCAAGAACGAAGAAGUUUAUCGACCUCUCUAACUAUUUCAAAUUUAUAUGGAAAAAUCUUAUUGAUAGUAUUGGCUAUUAUAAAAUGAUUUACGCUUUAUGAUGAUGAUAUAUUCGCUAGUGGUUAUUAUAUAUUUAAUGAUAUAUUUCCUGUCAAAAAUAAUAUAUAGUAGCUAGAAAGAAACUAUAUGCCCAUGCUAUAAGACAUUAUAUAAAUAAUAAAAUGGGUUAGUCAGAAGAACUAUUUAUCUUGACGCGGACAACGUCUAGUAAACAUUCCUCUUAUGCUGUUCAAAAUCCACCACUUCUCUUCUUGUCUUCUUCACCGAUUCAAGCCCAUUAUAUCACGACAAUUAUACUUCAAACACUAUAUAUACACGAAUACACAUACAUACAUAGUAACACAUACAAACACACGCCACAAAGCCUCUAUUGAUCAUCCAUCAAUCCUAUCUAAUCUCAUCACCAAAAACAAAAAUCAUGAUCUCUAGGGUUUUUGACUUCGUGAAGCAAUCCAAAUCCAUUCAACUAAACAACAAACUAUUCGUCGAUCUUCUUUCUUCUUCUUCAUCAUCAACCAAACCCAAAGCUUUGCAUGAUGUGUUCAUCAACCACAGAGGAACCGACACAAAGAGAAACAUUGCGACUUUGCUUUACGACAAUCUCAAUGCCCGUAACAUACGUCCAUUCUUGGAUAGCAAGAACAUGAAACCUGGAGACAAGCUUUUUGAUCAUAUCAACCGUGCGAUUCUCACUUCUAAAGUCGCCGUUACCGUCUUCUCUCCCAACUAUUGCGAUUCUUACUUCUGUUUGCACGAGCUUGCUCUUAUUAUGGAGUCCAAGAAAAGGGUGAUACCGAUAUUUUUCGACAUCAAACCUUCACAACUCGAUGUUAUGAUCGAAAGGGUGACAUGUUCUGAUGAUGAAAUCCAACGGUUUAGAUGGGCUCUUCAAGAAGCUAAAGAUAUCGUCGGGCUUACGUUCGAUUCCUGUAAAGGGAACUUAUCAGAGGUUGUUACAGUUGCGUCGGAUGUUAUCGUUGAGAGGUUGGUGGAGUUAGAUUCUGAAGACGAAGCUGUUUAGGCGUUGGAAGAACUUUAAUUAACUCCAAAUCAGAAGCUUCUCUCACAUAUAUAUUUUAUAUGAUUAAUUAAUUAAUUUAAUUCAUUUCAUUCAUGCAUAUAUAGUUAACAGAAGAGAUAACAACUUUUUGUAAUGAGGAUUUCUAAUCUGCAUUAUUUCUUUGUAUUAUUUUUGUGUGUGUGGCAAGUUAUUGCUUUGUAAGCUCAAGAAAUAAAUAAAUAAAUAACAUUCUCUC